GCAAGGGCUCAUCACUCGCCGAGAGCGGCCCUUAUAGAGGCCGACGACGGCCAGUGAUUAUCCAGCCAGCACGACUCCAACCGCGACUAUGAGCUCAGAUUCGUCUAUUAAUGUCUCUCGAAUAUCACUGCCGCUUCCGCAGCAGAUUCUGGACGGUGAACAUAUAACAGAUGGAAUCUCGCCGAAUCUCGGGCGACUGCAUAGACUUCUCCAAGUGCAAUCCAACUCCGACGUCGAGUACCAGGAGUCGUAUUCCGAGGCCGCAGACGACGCUCACGACAAUGGCUCUGCACCAGCGAGUGCGCAAACUACUUCUCCUUUGGCGGCGGGGGAUCACUACCCUGUAAUCACCGAGACUCCCUCCAUCUAUACCCCACAGAUCACCUUCCCCCGCAGCGCCCUCCGCCGAAGCAAUUCGAUCCGGCGGCGGGAGAAUACAUAUCUCGAAAGUCUCUCGAAGCGGCGAAAGCGGGACGGCAAGUCGGUAGAGUCGCUAUGGUCUGAGAAACCGGCUACUCUGUCAAUGAAGAUGAUUUAUUGUGACGGCGGAUGGCAUGGCGACAACUACCUGCCCGAGAAUGUGCUCCUACGCGACUCCUCCGUUUACUGCGCCCAGAAGUCAAAGUGCAAUAUGAUACUGCGACAUUCAUCCCAUAAACCAUUCACCCUGCAUUCAAUCACAAUCAAGGCGCCCACUACCGGUUAUACCUGUCCUGUGCAACAAGGUCUGAUCUUCGUUUCAAUGAAUAAAGACGACUUGCUUCCCCGUACGAAAUACCACGACCAGCAGAUCGACAACCUGGCUGAAUCGCAGACGCAGCUUCCCGUGUCGAGUAGUGUGGAGUACUCCGCUAUGCCACGGUCUCCCCGGAUACCCCGCUACGAAUUCGGCCAGCCAAACUCGUCGUUUGAUUUCUACUGGGGCCGUCCGAAUCCGAACCCGUUCAGCUCCGAACCUGGCGAUUCACUCUCGUCUGACUUGGCGGAUAGCGACCAAGCCGACGUCGAGCACAUUGAAGGCCUAGGCUCCGGAGACGAUCUCUCGUUCUCAGACUCGGCGUAUUAUCAUGGCCGGCAGUCGUUCCGUCCUUACGCGCAGUACCGCCAAGAUCUGGCCCGCUCAUCUCUUCGUCACACCCGAGAUCGGCUUUUAGAUGCGCGCAGACAGCGUCACCGGUCGUUGGCAGGCGACAACACAUCUCGCGAUGUCCGCAUUAUCAACACUGAGAAUAUCACGCUGCCGUCUUACGACAUUUCGAUCGGUGACGAGCCGAGGACGUCAACAGAAGCACCUCCUACACUCUUCACUCACCCAUUGCUACCUACCGAUGAAGCUGAAGCUCUCACCCCUUCUCUACCUCAUACUGACUCACUGGUUCUGGAGCCUAUAGCCAGAUUCAAGAUCCCGGACAACAAGUCGCGGUGCACAAUCGUGUUUGAUUCCCCCGUAUCAGCAUGCUAUCUAUACAUCAAGUUCUACAGCUCUGAUCCGAAGCGGGAUAUCGAUAUCCAAGGGGUCUACAUCAACGGCUUUGUCGGUCCACGGUGCUUUCCAAAGAUAAGCCUGCGUUAGUGCAGACACUCUCCAUUUUCAUUUUAUGUUCGUUUUCAUUGGGUACAGUUUCGACGGCUUUUCUUUCCAAUCAUUUAUAUGGGUUUUUCACUUAUCUUGUUUUUUGUUGUCUGGUCAACUCGGUUUUUACUACUACAUAUCCGGAUCUGAUAUUAAAGGUCAUGCUUCUUAGGAGUCGCUGUGCAUAGGUUGGUUUGUGAACCGAUGUUUAGUUUUGUUUCUUUCCUAUUUUAUCUUUCCUGCUAUGAUUUGGAUAUCGGUCUAUUUUCCUCGUCAUUAGGUUCUUUUUAUUCUGUCUUGGUCUGGGCAUUAUGGGUUCGGUCGGUGAUCAUUUUUUCUAUUAUAUUGCUAUGCUUGUCAUUUACGAAUUAUUAUAUUUUGAGAAUCA